AUGCUGACAAGAUUAUUUGAACUUCGCGAUGAAGUAACACUAUUUCUCGAAAACCAAAAAAGCGAAUUAUGCAAUGAAUUCAAAAGUCCCAGUGUCCAAGUAGCGCUGGCUUAUUUGUCAGAUAUAUUUGAUUCAUUGAACUCAUUGAACUUGAAACUUCAAGGCGGAGAUUCAAAUAUAAUUUAUCACAGAGACGCCAUCAAGACUUUUACUGAAAAGUUACAACUUUGGGAUCGCAAAGUAUUAGCAGAGCCAUCUAAUUAUGUACAUUUUCCUAAAUUAUACAGUCUUUCAGAAGAAACGCGUUUUAUGGAUGUUUUUCAAGAUGCUGAAACUAAGAAAAAAAUAUCAAAUCAUUUGCGAUGCCUUACUGACGAGUUCAGUCGUUACUUUCCCAAUUCAUAUGAUGAUGACAUUUAUCGAUUGGCGACGGAUCCAUUCCAUGUUAACGUAGAUACUCUGCCAGAAACACUUCAAGAGGAAGCCUUGGACAUUAAAAAUAGUUCUGCAGCCAAAUACGAUUUUGAAAAAAUGAGUCCAUCAUUAUUUUGGGAUUGCCAAUGUCCGCUGGUGGACGAAGGCAUCUCACUCGUCAACUCACCAAUAUGCAGUGGCACCAUCUACUUUAUGGUCCUUCUGGAAGCAUUUCUAAAAGGCCGCUGUAAAAUCGCUACGCCUUGCGAAAGGAUCGAAUCAGUUGAUAAAGUCGAACCAAUGUACGACUUCAUAGUCGUUGGUGCAGGCUCAGCUGGAUCCAUAGUCGCAGGAAGACUAAGCGAAAUAGAUAAAUAUAAGGUAUUGCUUAUCGAAGCAGGCGGUCCAGAGCCUAUAGGUGUGCGUCCACCUUCUUUCUACCGCACGUUCUGGUGGAAUGAAAAGUUAGACUGGCAGUACCGCACAGUGCCUGAAGAUUACUGUCUGGAUCAAGAAGGCAAAGGCUGUAUGUGGUCUAGAGGCAAAGGACUUGGUGGGACCAGUCUUCUCAACGGAAUGAUGUACCACAGGGGUCAUCCUGCCGAUUACGAUGACUGGGUACAGGCAGGCGCAGAAGGCUGGUCGUGGAAAGAUAAUCUACCAUAUUUCGAAAUGUCUGAGGGCAACAAACAAAUAGGCACACUCGUCAGCGCAAAGUAUCAUUCCAGUUCAGGACCCAUGCCCGUUCAGCAGUUCGAAUACACACCUCUCGCAGCUCACGUGCUCCUGAAUGCUAUCAAAGAAACUGGUCUGCCAGUCAUUGAAGACAUGAACGACCUCGACACACCGGAGGGCUUCUGCAUCGCCCAAACAUUUAACGAGGCAUACCUAAAGCCACAAUCCGAAAGGCCCAACUUAAGUGUGAAACUAAAUGCCCACGUAACGAGAGUCAUUAUAAAAAAGAACCGGGCUGUGGGUGUAGAAUAUGUAGACGAAAACGGAAAAAAGGAAAUUGUACGAGCUUCGAAAGAGACAAUAAAAAACAAAUAUGGCUUGGAACUCGACAGCAAGACUACUGUACAGUGUACAAAGUUUAGUGAUUGGUCGGACGAGUGGAUAGAUUGUAUGGCACGCGUGAAUACGGACCCGCAAAACCAUCAACUGGGCACAGCCGCCAUUGGCACAGUGACAGACACACAACUGAGGGUCAAGAAUGUAAAAGAUUUGAGAGUAGCCGACGCGUCUUCAAUGCCGACGCUAACGACAGGCAACCCCCAAGCAACCAUCAUGAUGGUCGCCGAGCGAGCCGCAGCAUACAUAAAGGAAUAUUGGGAAUAA